AUGGAGGCAGAAGUGGUGGAAGGGGAGUUGGUGUUGCCAACCAAAAUGAGCUUUAAGAAGAUUCAGAUGUACGAAAAGUAUCCAAAGGGGCAAGCCAGAGGCAGGCACUGGAAACAUCUCAAGCAGAUCAUUCAAGCCGAAAAUUACCACAACUACCCUCCUCACGAACCUAACUAUGUUAAUAUCGAGUCAACACUCUCUAUGCAUCCAUGCAAAAGAAUUUGUGACAUAACAGGAUAUGAGGCACCUUACUUCGAUCCAAGGACCAAUCUGCGGUACGCUAAUGCUGAUGUCUUUAAACUCAUAAGAUCACUUCCUAAUGAAUAUGUUCAGAGCUAUCUGGCUCUGAGAAAUGCGGCAGUUGUUCUGAAGUAG